AAGAAAUCUCCUUAAGAGAAUUCGCAGAUAACGAAAUCGUUGUCGCGAUCUGGGCGCGGGCGAACACCUGUGCGAUUUUUCCUGUAAAUCCACGCGAUAAGGUGGAGAUUCCGCAGGUGUCAUGCGAUAUGUUUGAUCUAAUAAUAAGAACGUGGUCAAAGGGAACGACUCGUUUAUCAUCGAUUUUAAUUGGAUUUCAAAUAACAGUACAGCGAACGUUGACGUAAGAUCAUUAACAAACGCGUAUAGAAUUGCUCGUUAAUUCCGCGAACGACUUAUCCAAUGGAAAAAUCGGGAGUACAGAGUGGUGUAAUUGAGACCGAUUUCGGCGUGAACACAAUUUUCGACAGUUUCAAUUCGCUGUAUUAUUGUGAUUGGGAACAGUUUGGUAGAACCUGUGCUACUUCAGAAUUGGUAAAGUCAUCGAGUAGCAAGGAUUUCCGAAGGAAGCUACAUGGAAAAGAAAGAUGUCGCCAGGUAAAGAGCGAGUGCCUCCCACGGCGAAUCAAAUAUGGGAUACUAACAACAAGAAAGUGGACUCGACGAACAGCAGGCUGUCGGAGACCGACGACUUUUUGACGGCUGACAAAAGCUAUCGUUGCAGCAAAGCGCCGUACGUGCCUCGGAUCAGGUGGCCAGACCUAAUCGCGCAAAUUUUCAUCCACGCUGGGAGCAUUUACGGAUUCUACCUCAUCUUCGUCGAAGCGAGAGCCCUCACCGCAUUGUGGGCAUUCGUAACCAUACACACUUCCGCAUUCGGCAUAACCGCGGGAGCGCACAGGCUAUGGUCCCACAGGGCGUACAAAGCGAAAUGGCAGCUGCGAUUGCUCCUGAUUUUCCUGUUCACCAUAACCGGACAGAGACACGUGUACGCGUGGGCACUGGACCACAGGGUGCAUCACAAAUACAGCGAAACCGACGCCGAUCCCCAUAACGCGAAGAGAGGAUUCUUCUUUGCCCACGUGGGCUGGCUUUUCACGACGCCUCACCCCGACGUUGUUCUGAAACGAAACGCCGUCGACAUGAGCGACCUCGAGGACGAUCCGAUCGUUAUGUGGCAAAAGAAAUUCUACAUUCCUUUGUUCGCUCUCCUGACGAUCGCGCUCCCGGUCAGCGUGCCGUGCUACUUUUGGUCGGAAUCCUUGUGGACUUCUUUCUGGGUGAACUUCAACUUCCGGUACAGCGUGACUCUCAACAUGGCAUUCUUCGUGAACAGCGUCGCGCACAUGUGGGGCCAACGGCCGUACGACCAGUACAUUACUCCGGUGGAAAACCUAGCGGUUUCCAUCGCAGCUAUGGGCGAGGGCUGGCACAACUUCCACCACGUUUUCCCAUGGGAUUAUAAAACCGGUGAACUGGGGAACUACACGUUCAACUUGACCACUGGGUUCAUCGACGCGUUCGCGUGCAUUGGUUGGGCGUACGAUCGCAAGUACGUAUCCCCAGCGAUGGUUCGACGAAGGGCGAACCGAACAGGCGACGGGAGCCACGUUUGGGGAUACGGCGACAAGGAUAUUCCGACAGACGAUCUCCAGGAGCUGAAGUCGAUGUGAUGGAAGAAAGAGUAACGUCUCUUCUUCGUUCGUGACAGAGCACCAGACCUCUAGUGUCUUCAGUUUUCUACGAAAAGUGGAUCGAACGAUCUAUAAGCGUUCGCUGUUCUGUCACGGUUUUCAUGACUGGGAUUUUUAAUUUCGUUAUAUAGCGUCGAGGCAAAUCCAUAGAACGACUCGAUUCCGUCGAUUAAAUCAUGUUUAUAUGUAUAGCGUAGAGAAUAAUUUAUACAUCGCGGUUACGAGUAAGUCGGAUCCAGAGAUGGGCAAGAUUUUACUCGAAUAAAACCAACCAACCGAAAUAUUAUUUUUUUCAACAACUAAGGAAUAAACAGUUAUUUAUCUUUCA